UGUACGUGUAUUAUAGUGGUGUGUAUACAUACAGUGGCGAGCGAAAGGGACCAGAACGAACUCUCUGGUUGAACCGUCGGUGAUCUGUCCGUCGCAGCGUCGUGGAUAUUGUAUUAUACGUAUAUAUAUAUCUGGUUUUUAUUGUUCAUUCGUACCUUACCCGAAGGUACAACCCGAUGGUUAUUCUUCAUGGAGCCGCUCAAUGUUUGAUGUACUGGUAUCGAUUGGCGGCCUGCACGACGAGGCAGCGGCCCAGCCAUCACCGUCUGCCCUGCAGUUGUGCCGUACAACACAACCCAUAAGUAAUACCUACAUCGCGUCGAGCGCGCGUGUGCCUCCUUUCUCUCUCACCUCACCGAUGACGCUCUUGAGCCUGCGGCUACACUGUUAUCAUUAUUAACAGUACAGUGACUCGCGGAACAAGUAUGCGCGCGUCCCGAUAGCUAAGUACAAGGUGCAGCUCGUCGACCCCUUCGUCGUCGUCGUGGUCGCGUCUAACCCUGCAGUGUACCUACACCUAGACUUACGGGGUGUGCGCGCCGAUCGGAGUCUGCUGCCCUUCGCGAGUUUUGUUCGUUCAUCGUGUUGUUUUUUUUUUUUUUUUUUUUUCUGUUUUGUUAUUGUGUAUUUAAACGUAUACGCAGGAGGAAUGUUUUAGUUGAUGUUUUAGUAAUAGAGCACAGUUGUCCGAAAGAAAAGUGUCACCCGAGAUCUACGCGAGUGCUCGAAAUGCCAGUGUCCUUAUGUGGUGUCGUGCAGACGCUCUUUUUACGUGGAGCAUCAUCGGUUCCUUCGCCGUCGCUGUCGUCCGCAGUAACAUCAACAACCACAAGUUGUAACGUCAACGAAAUCAACGAAAGCAGUGGCAGUAGUAUUUUCAGUAGCAGUCGAGCACCGGGUAUCGACGCCUGAUGCUGCUGGAUGGAGUUUGUCCAGCAGUGGAAUACCUCAAGAUUACCUUUUAGUGAAAUGGUAUAGUCAGAGCUCCGGGAGUACAGUCAUGGAACCCCUCAAGGAUCGAUGGGAUACAUUCCUGCGAGCCCUCAUCUUGACAUGGCUCUGUCUCAGCAGCUCCGGUGUCAUCGCUCGGAAUAUAGAGAGAUACGACACGGCGUACGCGUGCGAGGGCAAAUGGCUCAAGCUGGAGUGCAAGAAGGGCGAGCUAAUAAGCCUGAUUCGCGCCAACUACGGCAGAUUCUCCAUAACGAUAUGCAACGACCACGGCAACACGGAUUGGAGCGUCAACUGCAUGUCCUCGUCGUCUUAUCGAGUACUGUACAAAAGGUGCAAUAAUCAGCAGAACUGCAGCGUCGAGGCGUCGACCAAAAUAUUCGGGGAGCCGUGCUCCAACACCCAAAAGUACCUCGAGGCGCACUAUCAGUGCCUACCCGUUGCAGCGUCCACAACGACUACGUCGACGCGACCGAGUCCGCCGCCCGUCCAGAGCACAGCGUCGCCGAGUAAGCCGCCCCCGUUGAAUCGUUCGCCCUCGCGACAGGGGACGUUGGCAACACCCCGAGCCGAAUCCACGACGGAAGGUGCCCCGUCGUCCUCGUAUUCGCCGGCGUCGUCGACGAUACCGCGGCUGCCGGGAGUCGAGCCGUCGUCCACCGCCGUUCCCCACGAGAUCGGCACCAGCAGCACCAACAACACGCCAAGCAUCCCGACGUCAACGGGGUACCAAAGUUCGCGGGCUCCGCCUUACCGGCUCUCCACCACGACGGACUACCCGGCUGCGGAACCCGAGGAGCCGACUCCCGUGCCAGGGAACACCGGGGAUCCCAUGUGCCAGAGAAGGGACGUGCGAAAGCUGUCGUGGAGCGCGACACGGCUAGGCGCCACCAUGGAACAAAAGUGCCCGGAUGGCACCAACGGGAUGGCCAACUGGACGUGCGCGGAGGAUCCCGAGAGGCCCAACACGGCCGUCUGGCACCCGAGAACGCCGGACCUCAGCCGGUGCAAGAGCGUCUGGCUGACGAGCAUCAACAACGACAUCAACAGGGGAGACGACGUCGUCAAGGCGAGCGGGACGCUGAGCAAGGUCACCCACGAUCACGAUCUCUACGGGGGCGACGUCAUCCUCACGGUCAACAUCAUGGGCUUGAUGGCCGAUCGCAUGCCCAAGGUGCCCCUGUCCCGUGAGGAUCGGAUUUACGAUCUGGUUCAGGGCGUCGUAACCACGGGUAGUAAUCUACUGGAGGAAAAACGAGCCGAUGCUUGGGAGGACCUGAGCCGCCAGAGCCAAACAAAGUCUGCCGUCAAGAUGCUCGAGGGCCUCGAGAUUAAUGGAUUUCUCUCCGAGAGGAACGUCACCUACGACGUCACAAAUAUACUGAUGGAGGUGUGGGUAGGGGACGCUCGCCAACUGAAGAAGGACACGGUGAUGUUCCCGAGGCAAGACCAGCUGAGGAACGAUUGGUCGCAGGUCCAGGUGGAAAUGCCGACGGCCGCUCUGAUCGACAGUCAGGCCGAGAGAGACCAGGUGAAGAUCGUCUUCAUGACGUGCAAACGCGUGCACAAGUUCCUCCCUCCGAGGGUGGACGACUCCACGGCCAACGGCAGCAGGAUCGUCAACAGCCACGUGGUGUCGGUGUCCCUCCACGAAAGGAGGAACGUCUCGCUGAAGAGGGGCCACCCCGUACGGCUGUACUUCCAGCACCUCGAGCUCGACAACGUCACCAAUCCCACGUGCGUCUACUGGGACAUCCCAAAGAGCGACUGGUCAAAGACGGGCUGCUACCUCAAGCAGAGCAACAGGACGCACAGCGUGUGCGAGUGCGAGCACCUCACGAACUUUGCUGUCCUCAUGGACGUCCACGGGGUCGCCUUGGAUCCGGCCAACAAGCUCGCCCUGCACAUUAUCACCUACGUCGGCUGCAGCGUCUCUAUCGUCUGUCUGGUACUCGCUAUCAUCACUUUCCAGCUGUUCCGAGGACUGAAGUCCGACAGGACGACGAUUCAUAAAAAUCUGUGCGUGUGCCUGCUCAUCGCAGAGGUCCUUUUCAUCUGCGGGAUCGAACAGACGAGCCAGAGGAUAGUCUGCGGCGUCGUUGCGGGUCUCCUGCACUUUUUCUUUUUAUGCGCCUUCGCCUGGAUGUUCCUCGAAGGUUUUCAGAUUUACGUCAUGCUGAUCGAGGUCUUCGAGGCAGAAAAGUCCCGGCUGCGCUGGUACUAUCUGUCCGCGUACGGGCUACCGCUGCUCGUGGUCGCGGCCUCCUGCGUUAUUAAUCCCCAGGGCUACGGCACCGAGCACUACUGUUGGCUCAAAACGGAAGACUACUUCAUAUUCAGCUUCGUGGGACCAGUCAUACUCGUCUUACUGGCAAACUUGGUGUUCCUAUCCAUGGCGAUCUACAUGAUGUGCAGGCACGCCAACACGACCGUCUCGAUGAAGAGCAAAGAGCACUCACGGCUGGCAAGUGCAAGUGGAAAGGAAGAAAAUGCUCUUCCCAACAAAUUGCAAGCGCACUUGGUGUGGUUGAGGGGCGCAAUCGUCUUAGUGUUCCUGCUGGGUCUGACCUGGACCUUUGGCCUGCUGUACAUGAACCGCAACACCUUGGCCAUGGCGUACAUCUUCACAGUGUUGAACAGUCUCCAAGGACUGUUUAUUUUCGUGUUCCACUGCGUGCAAAACGAAAAGGUCCGCAAGGAGUACCGCAAAUACAUCCGACGGAACUCGUGGAUGCCCAAGUGCUUGAGGUGCUCGAAGGACGGAAGCUCGAGCUCCGGCACGGGCUCGGGCUCGGGUGGGCCGGGCGCCUCGAACCCCCACCCAGGAAGCCACAGUGGCAAGAAUUACGGCUCGCACAACACAUCGUCCAUACCGUCGGGCCCGAUGACCGACAGCUCAGGGCUCUCGGCGCACAACGCCGCCAACAACAGCAACAACAUUUCUUCUAAGCCGCACGCGCGCGACCUGGAGCACGAGGUCGCCGGCUCGGGCCAUCACAGCGCCAUGACCCUGCAGGGUUACUCGCUGAGGGCACGCGAGCGCCGGCUCCUGGCCGAGCUGGAGGUUGGCUCGCGCGCCACCACUGGACGCAGGGCCACCUCCCCCUACAACCACUUUUACACCGAGAUCCGAGAACAACAGCUCCAACAACAGCAGCAGCAGCAGGCGGCGGCCCACCUGCAUCAUCACCACCACCAUCACCACCAUCCCCAGCAUUUGUACCAGCACCAUCAUCAUCAUCAUCACCAGCAGCAGCAAUCGCAGGACGAUCCCGUGUACGAGGAGAUCGAGCGAGCGACGGGCCAGGCCUCGGACGUGUCGGAUGAGGACGGGCGCAGGGUGAGCGACAUGUCGCGCCAGUCGUCCCGGAGCUACGGCGACCACCGGCCCCUCAUACCGUACUCGCCGAACGCCGAGCGAGGCGGUCUCGAGGCUGCCUGGGCCAUCGAGAGGCUCCGGCGCCAACAGCAGCAACACCACCACCACCAGCAGCAGCAGCAGCAGCAGCAACAACAAUUGGUGGCCGAGCAGCAGUUGAGGCCGCAGCAGGAUCACACGCGCACCGUGGCCGUCCUGGACGGUCACACGGUCGUCUGUCACCUCCAGCCUCAGGCUGAGUUGUACGCGGCGCGCGGCCUCGCUCCCCCGUCCUACAGCGAGUGCUAAGCACUUUGUGUGCCAUCACCGUGUGCAAUGCCACCCCGAUACGCACACGCUUACGAGACAUAUCGCCCAUCAACCGUAUACACCCCCCACCCCCGAUCAUCGAUCCCCCAUAUAAUUGUAUACUUACGACCUUACUUUCUGUCCUGACGACUCGCGAGGUACGAGACUUAAUACUUACCUAUCCCAAGGCAACUAACUCGGCUGUUCCAACUUCAUCUCCCCUUGCACCCGUCCAUUCCCAAAAAUUCGUGUAUUUUUAUAAACAUACCGGCACCGGCAUACCCAGACACGUAAGUACAACGCAUCAUAAAAACAAUACUCUCGUGUCUAGUACGCACAAGUGCAUAUACAUAUUAUACAUAU